AUGGACUCGGUGUCGCCCCAUGAGUUCGACGUCGUCAAGGCUGAGAAAGCCAAGGCCAUGUGCAGGUACCAAAGGACCCGCAAGCUCAGGAUCCUCGCCCACGCCCUCGAGCUCCUCCUCGUCCUGGUCCUGCUCUCCUGGUACUAUUCCGGGCUCUCCGCCGCCGCGGGCUGCUUCCUCCGCCGCCUCGCCGGCCUCCUCGUGAAGCCCCUCGUCGUCUUUCUCAUCAGCAACGGCAUCAUCGUGGUCAUCGUCUUCUUGGCCAGGAAGAACGACGACCGCCGCCACGGCCCGGAGCAGCAUCGCAUCUACGACGAGUACCUCUCCGCGCGGAGAGCCUCCGGCGGAGGAGGAUCUUCGGGGAUGGUGGCUGCGCCGGAGGAGACCCACGUGGACAAGCAGAUCGUCCCGUACGAAACCCCCCUGCCGCCCGAGAAAAUCAUAAAGGAAGUGCCGCUUCCCGUGCCGGAGUCCAACCCUCCUCCGAUGACCGCCGACCCAGUCGUCGAGAAGGGCGCAGGGGAGGAACAUGUCGUCCGCCCGGCUGCGGCUGCGGCAGCGGCAGCGGCGGAGAACCGCUACCGGAGGACGCGGUCGGAGGUGACGGGGGAGGAGGAGCCGCGGGCGGAGCUGUGCCGGUCGGCGACGGACAACGGGAGGCCCAAGCCGUUGCGCGGGGAGGGGAAGCCGUCGUCGGUGGAGGACUUGAGCAACGAGGAGUUCAACCUGACGGUGGAGAAAUACAUUGCGAAGACGAAGUGGCACCUGAGGGAGGAGAUCAUGGCCGAGGACGCCGUUCUCAGCUGCCACUCGGUGGCAGUUAAUUAG